AUGGACCUCAGUCCGAAAGCCAUUGACCUGGCCAAGAAACCUCGCCGUCGAAGUGAUGGCUCCGACGCGCUACACAAAUCCCAGAGAGUCAUUGACAGAAUGUCAACCUCCACCACAGAAACCCCCGAUCUGUCCUCGCAGUCCAAAUUUCUGCACUUCUCUGCACUGCCCGCCUCUUUUGACGAUUCCCUGUCUGAAAAAUCUUCUCUCACGCUCACAGACUCCACAGCAAAAGUCAGUUCCAGGGAUGAACACCUGGCCUCCCGGCUGACUGUCCGACCUGCCUUCUCCGUAGAUCAGGACUUUCUGGCUGAGCAGUGGGAGCUGUCCCCGCUGAAUCACCAACGUAGUCUCGCCCUACGGAGGCAUACCGUACAGGGCUACAAAAUUAACCAAAUGUUCAAAGCCCACGAAACCACCAAGUCCAUUACUCAGCUUGUGCACCUGAGUAUAGCUUCUGCUAGUCAUGAUCAGGACGAGAGCUCCGAGAGCUCUGACAGUGACGAAAUUGACCCCUCUAUUUCGGAGCUGGACGACAACCUGCUACCAGUCCCCGCAUUCGACGAGACGAUUCGGCAUGACCAGGAGCGAACACUGCAGCCGGCUGCCCAUUUCAAGCUAAACCUUCCACUGGUUAAGCCGCCAUCCAGCCGAGGCAGCUCCCAGCAACAACGGCAGUCUCCCAUGAAAGAAAGAGCUACGCCGGUGGGGGCAGCUAAUGAGUGGAUGAAUUUGAGGGACCACCGUCGCGCAAGACAGACCGACAGAAAGGUCCCCGGAAAGGAGACCACACGCGCCGAGGUGUUAGAGAGAUGCAAACUGCCCCCUAUUAUGCGAGACUUGUUGAAACCGGGCCAGCGGAAGUCAGCACCCCAUUGGUGGACUUCUGAUUGGUUGGAG